AAAAAGUACACGAGUCCGUGUGUUUGUUUGUUUUUAAGACCAAACAACAAACUAGUCUUAUCUUCUUCAACCAAAACAGAGCACGAUUAUACCAAUUCAAACAGAGCACGAUUCAUCAUUCUUUUACAGAACAAUUACUAAGAAAAAUCAGGAAAAGUGAAGAAGCGAAAGAGAGAAGAGGAAGAAGGUCGGAUGGGAGUGGAUUAUUACAAAGUCCUCCAAGUUGAUCGCAGCGCCAGUGACGAUGAUCUUAAGAAAGCUUAUCGAAAACUCGCCAUGAAGUGGCACCCCGACAAAAACCCCAACAACAAAAAGGACGCCGAGGCUAAGUUUAAGCAGAUCUCCGAAGCUUACGAGGUUCUAAGCGAUCCUCAGAAGAAAGCUGUAUAUGAUCAAUAUGGGGAGGAAGGUUUGAAAGGGAAUGUGCCACCUCCUGACGCUGGUGGAGCCACUUAUUUCUCUACCGGUGAUGGUCCUACGUCCUUCAGGUUCAACCCUAGAAGUGCGGAUGACAUAUUUGCAGAGUUCUUUGGCUUCUCUAGCCCGUUUGGUGGCGGUGGUGGUGGAGGAAGAGCUACACGGUUCUCUAGCAGUAUGUUUGGUGAUGAUAUGUUUGCCUCUUUCGGCGAAGGAGGAGGCGGUGGUGGCUCCAUCCAUCACGGUGGACCUAGGAAGGCUGCUCCUAUCGAGAACAAGCUGCCUUGUAGUCUUGAAGAUCUUUACAAAGGAACCACCAAGAAGAUGAGGAUCUCCAGGGAGAUUGCUGAUGUCAGCGGCAAGACUAUGCAGGUGGAAGAGAUAUUGACCAUUGAUGUGAAACCAGGGUGGAAGAAAGGCACAAAGAUCACGUUCCCUGAGAAAGGCAAUGAGCAACCCGGUGUGAUUCCAGCGGAUUUAGUCUUCAUCAUUGACGAGAAGCCUCACCCGGUCUUCACUCGAGAGGGUAACGACCUUGUAGUCACGCAGAAGAUCUCACUUGUCGAGGCCUUGACGGGCUACACAGUGAGCCUGACUACACUUGAUGGUCGGAGGUUGACAAUCCCUGUCACCAACGUCAUCAGUCCCGAGUACGAGGAAGUGGUUCCAAAGGAAGGAAUGCCGUUGCAGAAAGACCAGACUAAGAAAGGCAACUUGAGGAUCAAGUUCAACAUCAAGUUUCCAACAAGAUUAAACUCAGAGCAGAAGACAGGAGUGAAGAAACUCCUCGGCUGAGUUUGAGUAUACUCACCCACGUUACAGAGAACAGAGGAGAGAACCAGAGGGUCAAAGCUUCUAGAUGUACUGUUGUAAAUCACAGAGAUUGUGAUUAAAUAUACUGUUGCUUUUUGAUCGAUUUGUACCAUAUGUACUACGAUUGAAUACCUUCAAUAAAUUUUGUUGCUUCUCCUAUAUAA